AUGGCUAACCAGAUUCGCACCCUUUCUCCCUCCACUAACGAAGUCAUCUUCGAACACCAGGGCACCUCUCUGGAAGAGGCCCGCAAAAUCGCACAAGCCUCUUAUGAAGCAUUCAAAUUAUACAAGAAGACUACUCUCGCUGAGCGCAAAAACAUCGUCGUCAAAGCCCUCGACUUGAUUGCGGCGAACAUCGACACCCUGAGCAAUGAGCUCACCACGCAAAUGGGCCGGCCGAUUGCCUACAGCGCAAAAGAGAUCGAGACCAUGCGCAAACGCGCCGAUUAUCUCUUAUCCAUCGCGGAGGACAGCCUGCGCGAGCACCCGGGACAGCCAGAGAAGGGAUUCAGACGCAGCGUGAAAAAAGAACCAAUUGGACCGACAUUGAUCGCGACAGCGUGGAAUUACCCCUACCUCAUCACGAUUAACACUCUCGUUCCAGCGCUCCUAGCCGGAAACACAGUCAUCCUCCGUCCCUCCCCGCAAACGCCCCUCAUCGGCGAACGCCUCCUCACCUUCUUCACUCAAGCCGGCCUCCCGCGCAACGCCCUCCAACUCAUCCAUGUCGGCUCCCUCGACGUCCUCGACGAGAUUGUCAAACUCCCCCAAAUCAAACUCGUCUCGUUCACCGGCUCCACAGCAGGCGGCGUGCGCAUCCGCGAAGCAACCGCUCGCCGCAUUGUUCCUGUGAACGUAGAACUAGGCGGCAAGGACCCGGCAUACGUCCGCGCCGACGCAGACAUCCCCUACGUCGCGGCGCAGAUCGUCGACGGCGCGGUCUUCAACUCGGGACAGAGCUGCUGCUCCAUUGAACGGGUGUAUGUCCACGCGGACGUCCACGAUGCUUUUGUCGCGGAGGUGCAGAAGGAGCUUAAGACGUACAAACUCGGCGACCCUACCGACAAAACCACAACCACCGGCCCCGUCAUCUCCCGCCACGCAGUGAAAACCAUCCAGUCGCACAUCGACGACGCCCUCUCCAAGGGCGCCAUCAACGCAACUCCGCCCAACGAAUCCUUCCUUUCCGUCCCCUCGCAGAAACCCGAGGGGAACUACAUCGCCCCCACGGUCCUCACAAACGUCAAUCACGAUAUGACAGUCAUGAAAGACGAGACCUUCGGCCCCGUGCUCCCCAUCAUGAAGGUCUCCAGCGACGAGGAGGCGAUCGCGCUCAUGAACGAUAGCGAGUACGGGCUGACAGCUAGCGUGUGGACGAAAGAUAUCGCGCGCGGGGAGGAGUUGAUUGCGGAGACUGAGGCCGGGACGGUGUUCAUCAAUCGGUGUGAUUAUCCUAGUCCGGAUCUUGCGUGGGUUGGAUGGAAGAACUCCGGGUUGGGAUGUACCCUGGGGCCGCAUGCGUUUGAUGGGUUCUAUAGAUUGAAGAGCUAUCAUAUUAAGGAGGAGCAGGCUUAG